AUGUUACAAGAAACUAUACAAGGUUUUAAAAAUCUUCAAGAAUGUAUUAAAAAUUUUUUAUCUAAUUCUGAAGAAAGUUUAUUAAAUCUGAAUAUUCAAAUUGAUGUUUUUAAAAAUGCUAAGCUUAAAUGUGGAACAAUAAUUAGAGCUUCACCUUCAUAUUAUAAAACAUCAUAUUAUAGCAAUAUUGCAAUAGAAUUGGAUGAAAAGGAGCAACAAAUAUGUAUUAAUAAUAAUGGAUAUUGUUAUGCGAAAAUAUUACUAAUUAUAGAACUUAAAUAUUACAAUAAUCAAAACAUAUUACAAAAUUAUGAACUUGCAUUGCUUCGGUUGCUCACUCAGCUACUUGAUUUCACUGCUCCAUUAGCAGUUUCAACUGGUGACUAA